UCCCGUUGAGCAUUGGUUGCCAUCAGAGUAAGAAACACUAGCAGUCUCCUGCUUUCUUCAUCCUUCUUCCUCCGUCCUGGUGAUCAGUUCGGAUUAUAAAUACCUUUUCCCCCAUAACCAAGAUGAACGUCCCAUUCGAUGGCCGGUUAAGUCGCGUCCGGAAGAAGGAAAAGACGUACACACGGCCAACAAGAAAUACGCACACAACAUCUCAUUCUUCUGCCUCCCGUGCAUCCUCAACUUCCUCAAGCAAUACCAUCCAAACUCCCACGUCCGACUCGGAACCAACAGCACCAUCCGCUCUUCCUACUUUCGCCGCUUCGAGGCCUCGUCCAAAGAUGGAACGCUUAUUAGAAUCGUCCGUAUCUGGAUCAGUUGGUGACUUCUACCCGGACCGUGACGAUAAUCCCACGGCCAAUUUGACAUAUCUCAUCCUCCACCAGCCCACCAACCUAGCCCUGACCUUGGUCGGCGGCAAGCUGACCCUUCACAAAGUCCCGGCCAUGUUCGAAAAAGGCCGCCCCCUCGAAGGCAAAUGUAACUGGUACUGGCAAUGCGUCGAAACGGACGGCUGGCUCGGGUUUCGCAAUGCCGCGAGCGGACGGUUUCUCGGCGCCCCUUCGGGUUCUCGUGACAGUUUUGAUGUUGCCAACGAUGCCCAUGACCGUUUACAGCGGCUGUUAUGCGUUAGGGCGGGAGGAGGUUGUGAGCAAGGACCUGAGGCGCCGCAGCAGCGUGGGCACGUGAUGCACUUCCAAACCUCACAGCGACUUGUCAAGGCAUGGAUGGAGCCGAGCUGGAAAGAGGGAUCCGAAAUAUCGAUGACUUGGAUGGAUGGGCAGGAGGGAACAGUGUGGAGGUUCGUCAAGGUUGCAUGAUAUCUCGACCCAAGUCCUGUCACGACCAUAACCGUACCUCUCUGGUGCUGUCA